CAGAUGCGCAUGCGUACAAGCUAUGCGGAACCCGUCGCAUGUCAGAUGUGUGAACUCAGAGUUUGUUGCCAUAAUUAAAAAUAAUAAUAAUCAAUCAUGAAGAGCAGGUUUAAUACCGUGGAUAUUAGGGCAGUGAUCGCAGAAAUCAAUGCGAAAUGUGUCGGGAUGAGAGUCAACAACAUCUAUGACAUCGACACUAAAACAUACCUGAUCCGGCUGCAGAAGCCGGACUGUAAAUCGGUGCUCCUGGUCGAGUCUGGCAUCAGGAUCCACUGCACUGAGUUCGACUGGCCCAAGAACAUCAUGCCGUCGGGAUUCGCCAUGAAAUGCCGGAAGCAUCUGAAGUCCCGGCGGCUGGUCCAUGUUAAUCAGCUCGGCGUGGACAGGAUCGUGGAUCUGCAGUUCGGCUCUGAUGAGGCGGCGUAUCACCUGAUCCUCGAGCUCUACGACCGCGGGAACAUCAUCCUGACGGAUCAUCAGUUCACGAUCCUGAAUCUGCUGCGCUUCCGUACGGCUGAGGCCGAGGACGUGGACGUGAAGAUCGCAGUGAGGGAACGAUACCCUGUGGAGAACGCCAGACCCGUGGAGCCGCUCAUCAGCCUUACCCGACUCACAGAGAUCCUGUCUGAAGCUCAGAGUGGAGAACAAGUCAAACGGAUUCUGAAUCCUCAUCUGCCGUACGGCGGACCGCUCAUUGAACACUGCCUCAUGGCCGUCGGGCUGCCGGGUCUCUGUAAAGUCGACGGCCAGUUUGAUGUUUCUCAGGGAAGUGCUAAAGUCCUGGAGGCGCUGCAGAUGGCAGAGGAUUACAUGGAGAAAACAGCCGACUUCAGUGGGAGGGGCUUCAUCCUUCAGAAGUGCGAGAAGAAGCCGAGCAUGAGUCCAGAUGAAGCUGAUGAAGAGUUGCUCACGUAUGAAGAAUUUCAUCCGUUUCUCUUUUGUCAACAUGCAAAAAGCCGCUAUGUUGAGUUCGAGUCUUUUAACAAGGCGGUGGAUGAGUUCUUCUCUAAGAUGGAGGGCCAGAAGCUGGACAUGAAGGCGCUUCAGCAGGAGAAGCAGGCGCUGAAGAAGCUGGAGAACGUGCGGCGAGACCAUGAGCAGCGGCUGGAGGCUCUUCAUCAGGCGCAGGAGGUGGACCGGCUGAAGGGAGAGCUGGUGGAGAUGAACCUGUCGACGGUGGAGCGCGCGCUGACGGUGGUGCGCAGUGCGCUGGCCAAUCAGGUGGACUGGGCGGAGAUCGGGCAGAUCGUGAAGGAAGCUCAAGCGGCCGGAGAUCCCGUGGCCUGCGCCAUCAAAGAGCUGAAGCUGCAGAGCAAUCACAUGACCAUGCUGCUGAGAAACCCGUAUGUGGCUCCAGAGGACGGAGAGCCGGGACACACGGACUCCAGCAGGACCUCUGAGGAACCAGCGCCGCUGAAGGGCAGGAAGAGCAAGAGCCGGGAGAGCGGGCCGAGAGGAAAACUGGACAGGGACAAACCGGUUCUGGUGGACGUGGAUCUGAAUCUCUCGGCCUACGCCAACGCAAAGAAGUACUACGACUGCAAGAGAAGCGCCGCCAAGAAAGAGCAGAAAACCGUGAAGCGGCACAAAAGGCCUUCAAAAUCUGCUGAGAAAAAGACCAAACAGACACUGAAAGAAGUGCAGACGGUGACCAGCAUUCAGAAGGCCAGGAAGGUGUACUGGUUUGAGAAGUUCCUGUGGUUCGUCAGCUCUGAGAACUAUCUGAUCAUCGCUGGACGAGACCAGCAGCAGAACGAGAUGAUCGUCAAGCGCUACCUGAGAGCAGGAGAUGUGUACGUUCACGCGGAUCUGCAUGGAGCCACGAGCUGUGUGAUCAAGAACCCGUCCGGCCAGCCGGUUCCCCCCCGCACGCUGACCGAGGCCGGCACCAUGGGCGUCUGCUACAGCGCGGCCUGGGACGCCAAGGUCAUCACCAGCGCCUGGUGGGUCCAUCAUCAUCAGGUGACCAAAACCGCUCCGACGGGAGAGUACCUGACCACCGGCAGCUUCAUGAUCAGAGGGAAGAAAAACUUCCUACCUCCAUCAUAUCUGAUCAUGGGCUUUGGGUUUCUGUUCAAGGUCGAUGAUCAGAGUGUCUUCAGGCAUCGAGGAGAGAGGAAGAUGAAGACCCUGGAUGAGGAAGAGGACGUGGCGUCCAGCACUGCAGACCUCCUGGAGGAAGGAGACGAACUCUUAGGUGAAGACAGCGAGCGUGAGGAAGAGGAGGAGGAGGAGGAGGAGCCGCAGGCCGAGAGCAACACCAGAGACGAGGAAGACCAGAGCGCCGAGAUCAGCUUCCCCGACACCAGCAUCUCCCUGUCACAUCUGCAGCCCAACAGGACUCUUCACACCAACGCCUUCACGCAGGGCGAGUCGCAUCAGGCAAGCACAGCCGAGGCUCAUGGGAGAAAACACCUGACGGCCAGACAGCGCAGGGACAUGAAGAAGCAGAGGCCGGAGAGUGUGGACGGUCCCGAGGAGAGCGGCGCCACAGACGCGGAGACUCCCAGCGGUGCGGAGCGCAGGAGCGGGGCCACCGAGCCGGAGCGCAGGAGCGGCGGGGCCACAGAGCCGGAGCGCAGGAGCGGCGGGACCACAGAGCCGGAGCGCAGGAGCGGCGGGGCCACAGAGCCGGAGCGCAGGAGCGGCGGGGCCACAGAGCCGGAGCGCAGGAGCGGCGGGGCCACAGAGCCGGAGCGCAGGAGCGGCGGGGCCACAGAGCCGGAGCGCAGGAGCGGCGGGGCCACAGAGCCGGAGCGCAGGAGCGGCGGGGCCACAGAGCCGGAGCGCAGGAGCGGCGGGGCCACAGAGCCGGAGCGCAGGAGCGGCGGGGCCACAGAGCCGGAGCGCAGGAGCGGGGCCACCGAGCCGCUGAAGAGAGGACAGAAGAACAAACUGAAGAAGAUGAAGGACAAGUACAAAGACCAGGAUGAAGAGGACCGGGAGAUGAUGAUGAAGCUAUUGGGGUCCGCAGGAUCCCGCAAGGAGGAGAAGCCGAAGAAGGGCAAGAAAGGGAGGAUAAAAGAAGAGCCGGUCAGGAAACAUCCUCCUCCUCCUCCUCCUCAGAAAGCGGUUGUGAAGCCCGAGGCCGUGGCCAUCGCCCGCCCGAGCGCAGACGCCGAAGCCGAAGAUCCCGACUCCAAGGAGACGGAGGACGUGGACAACCCUGUGGCUGAGGACGUUCUGGACUCUCUGACCGGUCUGCCGCACCCGGACGAUGUGCUGAUGUUCUCCGUGCCCGUCUGCGCUCCCUACAUGGCGCUCGCCAACUACAAGUACAAAGUAAAAUUAACGCCAGGGACUCAGAAAAAGGGCAAAGCUGCCCGCACGGCCGUGCUGAGCUUCAUGCGAGGGAAAGAUGCCAGCGCUCGAGAGAAAGACUUGUUCCGGAGCGUCAAGGACACGGAUCUGUCCAGGAACAUGCCUGGGAAGGUGAAGGUGUCGGCGCCGAACCUCUUAGCAGCGAAGAAGAAGUGAAGCGCAUCCCAUCAUGCUCUGAACCGCCUUCUCACAGACUGGAGAGUCACAUGUGUUUGAUGACAGAACACCCUGAGCUUUGUGUUUUAAAAACACAUCAUUUCCCUUCAACUCGUUGGAUUUAAUAAUAAAUAAAUCAAAAUCACAGUAUAAAUGUGAACACUGCUUCAUUUAUUUUACACAUUGGAAAAAUCAAAAACAACAAAAAACAGAUUAACAACAUUUCGGCUUGUGGUACAAAUCUGCAUCAGAACGUCUGGACUGGAUCAGGUGGUGAAUCAUAUGGUCUCGUUUCAGUAAAUGUGUGAAUCAAAGGUUUGGAAAACAGAUUUCAGUUCCUUCUUUAAAUGUUAGUGUUUUGUACACAAAGUGUUGAUGGUAUGCUUGCGAUUGGGAGAUUGUGUCACACUGAGGAGCAGAACGGCGUCGAGAGCGACGAGUUAAUGCAGAUCUGCUGUUCAGAAUCUAUUUGAAAAUGUUGAAAUCAGUUCAGGGAUGGUUUUUGUGUUGUCCGGCGGAGUAAACCAUUCUUCUGCUA